UCGGGAUACAGAUCCACACGAAACGAACGCAUCAGAGCAAAUCAACCGAACAUCUCUCUUAAAGAGCGUUCACUUUCAACAGACAACCUCUUAGACUUAUUCAAGAGCGUUUUAUUGCUGCUGUCCUUCACAUCUUCGGGACUUUUUGGUUUGUGUUUAAUUCAUUCAAGAGGAACAUCGAUACAUCGCACUCCAGGAACGGGACAGAACGCUGUUUCAUUGACUGUCAUCGUUAUUCGCGCUGCUUUUUUUGGACGGUUUUACACUUGAAAUAAGACGCUUUUCCAGGAGAACUCUAUGAGUACACAAAUGGAGCAGCCGUUUUAUCACGACGACUCGUUUCUGUUGGGUUACGGUCACAACGACGCGGCACUACAUGACUAUAAACUCCAGAAGCAGAGUAUGAACUUGAACCUGACGGAACCCUUUCGGAGCCUCAAAUCGGACCUUUAUCAGACCGCCGAUGUCGGCUCGCUCAAACUCGCCUCUCCGGAGCUGGAGAGACUCAUCAUCCAAAACAGCAACGGGGUGUUGACGACCCCUACACCGGGCCAGUACCUCUACGGUCGGGGAAUCACAGACGAGCAGGAGGGCUUCGCGGAGGGCUUCGUCAAGGCUCUGGAUGAGCUUCACCAGAUGAACCAGAUGCCCCCGCCCAACGUCUCGAUUGGAGCCGGCGGCGUGACGACGUGCUCGACAACUGCGUCCGUUUUCGGCUCCUCCCUGCAGUCUGAGCCUCCCAUUUACACGACGCUAAACGCGUACUGCCCAGCACCCAGCCACCCGUCCACCACCAUCAGCUACCUGCCGCCCCACAUACAGCAGAGUCAACACCCGGAAAACACGCACGCGUUCCAGCACUCUCAGCGCUUCGUGCCUUUGAAAGAGGAGCCGCAGACCGUUCCCGACAUGCACAGCAGCGACGGCUCGCCACCCAUGUCCCCGAUCGACAUGGAGAACCAGGAACGCAUCAAGGCUGAACGCAAAAGGCUCCGAAACCGACUGGCGGCCACCAAAUGCCGCAGACGCAAGCUGGAACGCAUCGCGCGGCUGGAGGACAAAGUGAAGGUACUGAAGUCCGACAACGCCGGGCUGUCCAACACAGCCUCCGUCCUGCGGGAACAGGUGGCCCAACUCAAACAGAAGGUCCUGAGACACAUGAACAGCGGCUGUCAGCUCAUGCUGACCAGUAAGAUGGAGGCGUUUUAAACGCGGUUGGACUUUCAGAAAUAAAUAUAACACUGGAAAUUGUUUGUGUUCCACAACUGAACGGCACUGGGAACUCUCAAGCUCUCAGCUGAGUUAUUUUGGACACAUCCUGGGUUCCGAUAAAAGCUCGUAGCGAACCCUAGUCCAGAGGGGGGACAGAACGGACUCUGAGCCCCCCAACGCUGGGCUCCAAGACGAAGUGGAAAGGCUCCGUAUCAAUAAUGUGUUUUUUUUGUCAUGAUCAAUUGUGUAUUUGAUCAUGUGAACGCAUCUGAUAAUGUUGUGCAACCGUUCCUGAACUCAUAAAUUAUUGUAGGCUACUGGUCAGGUUGAUCCUGACGCUAUGUUACCAAUGUCACAUGUUUACAAUGUCUUUUUUUAUGUGUGCGCUGUUUAUUUAAGUAAAGAUUUUGAAAUAUA